UGUUGGGUAUAUUACCCCGGCCCACUACUGUUCAGAGGCCCAAAGCCUCACCCCGAUACGGAACCCAAUUGGCGAGGCCCAUUUGGGUUCGCCGGCCCAUUUAGGCCCGUUUCGGCCCAUUAGGGCCUUUUCGGCCCGUUAGACUAGAGGGUUUCCCCUCCCCCUUCUAUAAAUAGGAGGCCAAGCCUCCUGAUUAAAGGAUCUCUCUUUUUGGAGCUCUCUCCUCCCUCCCUGCUUAUUUUUCCUUCUUGAUAGAUUAGUUCAUACCUCCAUUAAUGGAGCUCUACCUUUAUACUAUGUAAAUGAGUGAUGGGAGGAUAUUAAUGAGAAAGAGCGGGCUUGGACGUUAGCCUAAAAAGUCCCGUGGUUUUCUCCCUUUCCGGGUUUCCACGUAAAAAUAGCUAGUUCAUACACUUUUAUAUAUUUAUUCACUUUUAUACCGAAUCCAUCGUCCUUAAUAUCCGAAGUUUAUGUUGGGCUUCCGGAUCUACGGGACAAAACCUCAACAUUGGCGCCGUCUGUGGGAAAAGUUCAAAAAGAUUCACGUGUACUUGCUGUUCUACUAAAAGGUGAUGUGAAGAACUGAUUUCCAACCAAAAAAAAAAUAAAAGAAGAGAUUCGACAACAAGGGAGACAAGCAACAGCGUUCCAGGGUUCAUGAAGGACAAACAACCGGAGAGUCCAAAGUUCCGCGCAGAAGGCAGGCUGUGCUCCAGUCAAACGACUCCAGCAGCUUGACCAUAGUUGGUUUAUCUAUCCCAUAUCUUGAAGUAAGUGUUAAGGGUGAAGCAGGAGGCCAAGGAGAAUUAUUGUUAUGCAAAGUUACUAAUGAUUGAAAGAAAUGAUGAGUGGGCCAAAGAGAAUUAUUGUCAUCUGACAACACAAGUGGGUGAUAUUCCAAAUUCGUUCUUAUCAACUAAACCAACGCCGCCUCCCGAACGGGAGUCCCGAACGCCCAAAGCUAAAUUUAUGCAUUCCACUGACAACACAAGAGGCCACCGGUUCACUACCUCCUGUAGAACCGAUGUAUCUGGAUUACCCGAACAAAAGGACCUCAGGUAUGUGGUAUUAUUUGACUUUUCCACAGCAAUAUCUUUUGCCGAACGGGAAAUCACGAGGGGGACAGAACAAGGGGGCAUGGUGAAUAAUGAAGGUUCACAGAGACCGUUUCAUCGCUCAAAAUUGAGAACGGAGGUCGGACCUACCCGGGAAGGGGCAUAACCAGCCCAUAACAGCUGUCCCCUUAUCUAUCCAUUCCCACAAUUACUCAGAAGAGAACAUCCGCUGUGGGGAAGGUUACCGAACGGCCACCAAAGAGAAAAUUUAUAUCCGGCCAGUGGCUUCUAUUAUCAAAGAUGGCAGGAUGUUAGGAAGUAGCAUCAUUUCUCCCCGGAACGGUAUUUCCUGAUCAGAAGCUUGGUCUUGAUCUUGAACGACCAUCUGACAGCUUUUACCGAACGGGAUGUCUUCAGAAAAAUACUAGAACCCGAACAGGUAAGCCCUCAGCCGUGCGGUGAUUUUCUCGCUCAGUUAGCCCUUAUGCCUACCUGCACUAUUACUGCUCAAUCGAGACCUCUGACCUCCUGCCGGUCGAGACCUCCUGCCGGUCUCACGUUCAGCUGAAACCAUCAACCGGACCGAUCGUCGCCCAGCUCGUUUUCUGGCACUACGCCGUUCGGCACCUUCCCGUUCCGAGUCCGGACCUCAUCUUUUGAGAACGAUGAGUUUUUCGUGGUUCCUAAAAUCUGGUAGAGUGAGGAAAGCUCGAACGACCAGAUAUUGUAACCUUACGGUGGGCUGGAUCAUGUCUGCCCCCAAUGAAGUAUUUGAUGGGCCCAAUAUCUGUCCAAACGAUUUUCAACUAGCCAGAAGGGCCCUCUGGUGCGAUGGAGGUUAUUUUAUUCAUUAUCGGGUCAAUUUAUUGGCCUGACACCUGAAAUUCAGCCUGAUUCAGCUAAGUACCAUCAUUUCUAUCACUUGGUGAUUCCAUUUCAGAUAAAUUGCAUUGCUAUUGUUACUUGCAUCACUAUUAUUAUUCGGGGCUUAAAAUUGUCCCAAUUAAAAUAGUGUCGGGGUGAGGCUCGAAUAAUAAGUUCACCGUCAUUUUCGGUAUAAAUGACCGGUGUUAGUACAUCAAGUGCUACUACAUGGCAAUAAUAGGGAUUGAAAUAUCCCGAAUAAUAUAAUACCGAACGGGGCUCUAUAUAUAAGAUCACCAACGUCUUAAUUAAAUGCUUGGUUUGAUUGAGCGUAUCAGCUCGCCCCCGACCGGGCCAAAUUAAUUGGCUGAAGUGUCCUCGAUGACGUAUUUUACAUUGAAAAUAACUCAUGGGCCCAUUCGGCAUUGGCGGUACAUCCAUGAAAAAUAUUAAAUGUAGUGAUGUAGUAAUAUUAAUAUUAGUUACACAUCGCCAUGAUUUGUUUAGUAGGGAUUAGAAUAUCCCGAGUUAAAUAUCAUCGAGGAAAGCUCCAAUGAUAGAUAUUCGCCGUUAUUUUAACUUUUAAUGACAGGAAUUAGGGAUUAAAGUUCCCGGACAGAAUAGGGCCGAGUGAAGCUCUAGUAAUGAACUCGCCAUCAUUUUUAGUUAAAUAACCGGUGUUAAGGGUGAAAAACACCCCGAACGGAAUAAGGUCGUGCUCUAGCAAUGAGUUCGGCUCUAAUAAAACCUCACCGUCAUUUUAAUUAAAUGAUUGGUUUUACUGGGCAUAUCGGUCCACCCCCGAUCGGCCUAAAGUAGCUAAAGCGUCUCGCAAGGGCAUUGCCCGAUGACGUAUUUUGACUUGGAGACUACUCAUGGUCUCGUUCGGCAUUGAGUGCCCGAACAGCAACUGUACCCAGUACGGGGCGAAAUACGUACUUGAAUACCCGACAAAACACUAGGUGGUUCGAGUCGUGGAGUCUAACAGAUCAAGAAAUGAAUCUAGGCCAAGGGUUAUCAUUACCGCUUCGGCCGAUAGUCAUGGAUGAAAAAUUAAUAAUAAAAAAGAAAUGUUACACAUGUGUGUAUAUACUUGUAUAUGUUGUUCGGGUCGUUCGGCCGUAUUACCAUGCUUACUGUGCAGUGAGAUUCUUGAGAUAUUCUCGAACGGGAUGUCAUGAUGCACAUAGAUGUUCAUGACAAUUCGGCAUGAAGCGCGUAGACGUUCAUGCCCGGCAACAAGAAAGGAAUCACAUUUAUUCAGGGCCGUUCGAAGUUCUCGAACGGGGAGAUUAUGGAGCAUAGGGAUGUUCAUGACGUUCGGCAUGAAGCGCAGAGACGUUGAUGAAUGGGAACGAAAAGAAGGAAUAUUUACACUCAGAGCCGGUUGGUCAGACCGGACGGGAAGAUCAGGAAACGCAAAAAAAAAAAAAGGAAAGGAAAGAGAAAAAAAAAGGGAAAGGAAAAAAAAAAGGAAAGAAAAAAAAAGAAAGGAAAGGGAAAAAAAAUAUAUAAUAAAAAAAAAAAAAAAAAAAGAGUGAGGCUACUAGUGUGUUGAAGGAAUCAUGGACGAUUGAGAAAAGAAGGGACUACAAAUGUAUAGAUGUCACAACACAUGAAGGGAAGUCCUAUGGACUGUACGAUACACAAACUUUCAGAUUACGCUACCUGACUGGCAAUUCGGCCUCCGCCGUUCGGCACCUAGAGCAACAUUAUGGGCUGAGGGCGCCUGUAAGCCCCUCGGAUUUACAGAUCGGCCUCCCAGCGCCGAAUUUUCUCUCACCACGACCGACUCUCCUGGCUCGGCAUGGUGAUCAUUUGGAAGACCGGCCUCAUCUCCGCUCCUCGCGGAUGAGAACUGUUGAUUAUUUAUUUCUGAUCGGCCCCCAGCGCUGACAUCUUUACAUGGCCACCGACCCCCUGGUACGGUGCCAUUAUCAUAUUUGAAGACCGGCCUUGUCCCCGCACUGCGCAGAUAAGGACCGUUGCUUGUUCCUUUCCGAUCAGCCUCCAGUGGCGACCUCAUUACAUGGCCACCGACCUCUGGUACGGUGCCAUUAUCAUAUUUGAAGACCGGCCUUGUCCCCGCACUGCGCAGAUAAGGACCGUUGCUUGUUCCUUUCCGAUCAGCCCCCGGUGGCGACCUCAUUACAUGGCCACCGACCCUCUGGUACGGUGCCAUUAUCAUAUUUGAAGACCGGCCUUGUCCCCGCACUGCGCAGAUAAGGACCGUUGCUUGUUCCUUUCCGAUCAGCCCCCGGUGGCGACCUCAUUACAUGCCCACCGACCCUCUGGUACGGUGCCAUUAUCAUAUUUGAAGACCGGCCUUGUCCCCGCACUGCGCAGAUAAGGACCGUUGUUUGUUCCUUUCCGAUCGGCCUCCAGUGGCGACCUCAUUACAUGGCCACCGACCCUCUGGUACGGUGCCAUUAUCACAUUUGAAGACCGGCCUUGUCCCCGCACUGCGCGGAUAAGGACCGUUGCUUGAUUUUUAGGUUGGCUUCUCAUUGCCGAUAUCAUCAUAUCACGAUCAGCCUGUCGGCACUACGUGUUUAUCAUCUUUGAAAAGCGGCCUCGUCCCCGCACUGCACGGAUGAGGACCAUUGCUUGACUUUCAGCAUGGCUACAUUUUGUGGACCGCUGCCGCAGUUGCUGCCGCUGUCCUUGAGCAGAGGGCGCUCGCAAGACCCUUGGAUUUAUUCAUGUCUUCAUAUCAAUAUAUCAUGAUCAGCCCCACGGCACGACAUUAUUCGCUUGGGAGGCAUCUUCACAUUCCAUAAAGUCUCACCUCGAUCGAUAGAUACCACUUGUCUCGAUCCAUGGGGAGCCAUCAUCUCAGCACAAAAAAAAAAAAAAAAACGGACGGCAUGAAGCGCAUAGACGUUCAUGACUGGAAACAAAGAACAACCAGUCGACGGUAAUAAACCGGACGACAUGCAUCUGAAACAUGGUGCUCGGGGGCGCAGCAAGCAUUAAACAUUGAUGACUUGCGCGUUCAGGGAACAACCAGUCGACGGUAAUAAACCGGACGGCAUGCAUCUGAAACAUGGUGCUCGGGGGCGCAGCAAGCAUUAAACAUUGAUGACUUGCGCGUUCAGGGAACAACCAGUCGACGGUAAUAAACCGGACGGCAUGCAUCUGAAACAUGGUGCUCGGGGGCGCAGCAAGCAUUAAACAUUGAUGACUUGCGCGUUCAGGGAACAACCAGUCGACGGUAAUAAACUGGACGGCAUGCAUCUGAAACAUGGUGCUCGGGGGCGCAGCAAGCGUUAAACAUUGAUGACUUGCGCGUUCAGGGAACAACCAGUCGACGGUAAUAAACCGGACGGCAUGCAUCUGAAACAUGGUGCUCGGGGGCGCAGCAAGCAUUAAACAUUGAUGACUUGCGCGUUCAGGGAACAACCAGUCGACGGUAAUAAACCGGACGGCAUGCAUCUGAAACAUGGUGCUCGGGGGCGCAGCAAGCGUUAAACAUUGAUGACUUGCGCGUUCAGGGAACAACCAGUCGACGGUAAUAAACCGGACGGCAUGCAUCUGAAACAUGGUGCUCGGGGGCGCAACAAGCGUUAAACAUUGAUGACUUGCGCGUUCAGGGAACAACCAGUCGACGGUAAUAAACCGGACGGCAUGCAUCUGAAACAUGGUGCUCGGGGGCGCAGCAAGCGUUAAACAUUGAUGACUUGCGCGUUCAGGGAACAACCAGUCGACGGUAAUAAACCGGACGACAUGCAUCUGAAACAUGGUGCUCAGGGGCGCAGCAAGCAUUAAACAUUAUGUCUUGCGCGUUCAGGGAACAACCAGUCGACGGUAAUAGACCGGACGACAUGCAUCUGAAACAUGGUGCUCGGGGGCGCAGCAAGCGUUAAACAUUGAUGACUUGCGCGUUCAGGAAACAAAGAACAACCGACAGAAAUUAACCGAACGGCUUGCACCUCAAUUUUGGUGCUGACCUGUGGCAAAUGAAAAACAAACUGUCGUGCCUUGCUCUCGGAUUGGCUCGUCCAUCCUUGCUCUGGGAUGGCGACCGUCGCUCUUAUGCAGCACGUACGGGCUCCACAGCACCGUCGUGCCUGGCUUUUUGGCGGGUUCGUCCAUCCUUAAUCUGGGAUGACGACCGCCGCUUUUAUACAGCACGAACGGGCUCCACAGCACCGUCGUGCCUGGCUCUCGGUUUGGCUCGUCCAUCCUUAAUCUGGGAUGACGACCGCCGCUUUUAUGCAGCACGAACGGGCUCCAAAGCACCGUCGUGUCGGACUCUCCGUCGAGCUCGUCCAUCCUUGAUCUAGGAUGGCGACCGGCGCUUAUAUGCAGCAUGAACGGGCUCCGCAGCACCGUCAUGCCUGGCUCUUGGUUGGGCUCGUCCAUCCUUAAUCUAGGAUGACAACCGCCGUUUUUAUGCAGCAUGAACGGCUGGCUCUACAGCGCCGUCGUGCCUUCUUCUCGGUCAGGUCCACCCAUGCCAUUCAGGUCGGGACCGCCGUCUUAUGCAGCACGAGCGGCUGGCUCUUUAGCGCCGACGUGCCUAGUGCGGGAUUGCACCUCACUUAUGGCUUAUGCAUGCCUUGCGUCCAAGAUUAUUCCAAGACUCUGAUUUAGGGAAGGCAGGGAAGGACGUGAGCAAGAGUAUACUUUCUCGAGCAGAUUCACAGGCUCACUACUCAAGAAACUGGGGGACUUGUGUUGGGUAUAUUACCCCGGCCCACUACUGUUCAGAGGCCCAAAGCCUCACCCCGAUACGGAACCCAAUUGGCGAGGCCCAUUUGGGUUCGCCGGCCCAUUUAGGCCCGUUUCGGCCCAUUAGGGCCUUUUCGGCCCGUUAGACUAGAGGGUUUCCCCUCCCCCUUCUAUAAAUAGGAGGCCAAGCCUCCUGAUUAAAGGAUCUCUCUUUUUGGAGCUCUCUCCUCCCUCCCUGCUUAUUUUUCCUUCUUGAUAGAUUAGUUCAUACCUCCAUUAAUGGAGCUCUACCUUUAUACUAUGUAAAUGAGUGAUGGGAGGAUAUUAAUGAGAAAGAGCGGGCUUGGACGUUAGCCUAAAAAGUCCCGUGGUUUUCUCCCUUUCCGGGUUUCCACGUAAAAAUAGCUAGUUCAUACACUUUUAUAUAUUUAUUCACUUUUAUACCGAAUCCAUCGUCCUUAAUAUCCGAAGUUUAUGUUGGGCUUCCGGAUCUACGGGACAAAACCUCAACAACACCCAUCACUGAGAGCCCUUCAACACCGAUCGGUUAGUUAAAUGGAUGAUCCAAUUUGAACUUUAAUCACAAGCUGACAGAUAGCGAGUGAGGCUCUGACACAGGUAUUUGCAGAGGCUUUAUGCAUUUUACAUAAUAAUCUCUCAUUACAGUUACCAAAUUCGAACCCGAUACUUACCUCUUGUGACACCUCUUGUAUACCAGUUGAGCUACGCCCACCGGUCACCCCUAAGUUUUACAAUUAACAUAUAUAAUAACUGAAAAGAUAUUAUUUUCAUUCUAUUACACUUUGUCAACUUUAAAUUAGGUGAGAAACAAAACAAUAAAAAACUGAAGAUUGAUGUUUACGCAAAGGAAAGUAGAAUGAAAAGUACUACAAAAAUGAAAAUCCAAUUAAAGUAACUAAUUUAGGGUGGAUAAAAAAAUUGAAAAGCAUUGUACCGAACCGUAUGGACCGACCCGUAAUGACACCGAAUCGAUAUUUUUUGUACAAGUCCCAGGAUGUUUUCUUUUGGACUGUUUUCAGUCCCAGACCAGACCAGACCAGACUUAAACAGACCAGACCAGACCAGACCAGACUUAAACAGACCAGACCAGACCAGACCAGACUUAAACAGACCAGACCAGACCAGACCAGACUUAAACAGACCAGACCAGACUAGACCAGACUUCCGUAGUUAUAAAAUACACAGAGACCAGACGUUUACCAGACCAGACCAGACCAGUUCAGACCAGACCAGACCAGACUUAAACAGACCAGACCAGACCAGACUUAAACAGACCAGACCAGACCAGACCAGCAAAUUUCAGUCCAAAAGAAAACAUCCCAAACCGAUCGAAAACGGGAUGUGAUGAAAUUGCACUUUUAAUAUUUUACUUUUCAUUAGGGCAGUAUUAAGCAAUUCAUUUAAGUUUAAAUUCCAUCCAAAAAAGCCUCGGAUACGUAUAAUUUAGAAAAUUAAUGUGGCAAUACGUGUCAUCUGCAUUUGCUAAUUGCUAUAUUUAGCUUGGGAUGGUUUCUGAAUUUUGAGGUCACGGAAGUGACGGAACUCGUUUCUUUUUUAAUUUUUAUCCGAUUGAGUACUAUGAGUACUGAGUAGCACGUAGAACUCCGUAUUUUUUUGACGAGUGUGGAUCGCGUGCUCCGUAGUGAGCCCGUUACGGGUUCUUUAAAAUUUUAUACAAACCAAACCAAGUACCCAUGCGAUGCACCGGGUAUAUCUAGAAUUGAAUAGUAAUUUAUAUAAAAUUAUAUUUUAUGAUUGUACAUAAUGUGUAAUUUUGUGAAAUAAAAGAAGACAAUAUAAAUUAUAUGUUUAGCUUUUAUUAUAUAUGUUUUAGUAGUGGUAAGAAAAUUAAAAUUUGGAUCGUAUGACAAAUUGCAAGUAAAAUAAAAAUAAGUGAAAAGGUAUAAAAAUAAGCUCUAUGUGAAAAUUAAAUAGCUUAAUAGUACAAUUAUUAUUGUCUGCCUCAAAAAGUAUUUACAAUCAGAUCUACUGCUCAGCAAACCUGAAGCCGGUGAGACCCUCACUCUCUAUUUGGGAGUAACCAAAAGCGCAAUCAACUCUGUUUUGGUACGCGAGGAAGGAACAGUGCAAAAGCCGGUCUAUUACAUCAGCAAAGUCCUUCAUGGAGCUGAGCUCAGGUAUCCGGCCUUGGAAAAGAUCGCUCUUGCAGUUUACACAGCGGCCAAGAAACUGGCGCAUUACUUCCAGGCUCAUCCAAUCAAAGUGCUCUCGGGCCUGGGAGUUGGCACAUUGUUCAGGACAACUAAAACCGCUAGAAUUGUGAAGUGGUCCUUGCUGAUCAGUCAGUAUCAAGUAAGUUUCCAACCUAGAUCAUCAAUCAAAGGCCAGGCCUUGGCAGACUUCUUGGUUGAAUGUACUGCCCGGGACUUGGCUGAAGAAAAGAGACACAAAGAAGAGGAUUGGUGGACCCUGAUGACUGAUGGAUCAUCAUCAGGAUCCAAAGGUUGCGAAGGAGGGGUGGUCCUCAUCACCCAUGAAGGUUUCAAAACUUAUCACGUCCUCAGAUACAAGUUUAACCUAUCCAAUAAUGAAGAUGAGUACGAGGCCCUGCUAUCCGGCCUCAGGAUAGCGAUCCACUUCAAAGCACAAAAACUGAGGAUUAAAAAUGACACUAAGUUGGUUAUCAAACAGCUCAGAGGGGAAUACGAAGCCAAAGAAGAAAGAAUGCAGAAAUACAAGGACGUAGCUCUGGAACUUAUCAAACAGUUUGAGGAGUCAGAUCUGAUAUGUGUUCCCCGAGCCCAAAACAACGAGGCAGACAUUCUGUCAAAGCUGACCAAAGAUGCGCCUGAGCACCUUAUGCGCAUAGCCCAGAUACAAGAGCUGGAUAAACCCAGCAUCAAGGUCAUAAAAGACCUGGAGGUCUUGCCUGUCGAACCAAGGCAAAAAUCCUGGGUUGAAGAAUUGAUGGAAUACAAGGAAGCCGGAACACUGCCUUCAGACGAGGAGAAGGCAAAGUUGAUCAAGAGAUGGGCUCCAAACUACGUCAUUGAAAAUGGAAAACUUUAAAAAAGAAGCUACAAUGGCGUGCUACUCAAAUGUCUGGGGCCAGAACUGGCUCAGCGAGUGAUCAAGGAGUUACACGAGGGACCUGUUCAUCCCAUCAAGGUGCGUUUACCCUAAGUAGGAAAGCUCUUUUGCAAGGAUAUUUCUGGCCUACAAUGAUAAGGGAUUGCGUGGACUUUGCACGAAGGUGUGAGGUCUGCCAGAAGUUUCAAACAAACCCCGGCAGACCUGCCACACUAUAUCAUCCCAUCAGCACUGCAAUUCCCUUCUCCAGGUGGGGAAUAGACCUUGUUGGGCCUUUCCCGCCAGGCUCAGGAGGACGGAAGUUCGUAAUAAUGGCGAUUGAUUACUUCACAAAGUGGAUUGAGGCUGAACCAAUGACCACCAUCACUGCGGAACAAUGCAAGAGGUUUGUCUGGAGAAAUAUAUUUUGUCGAUUUGGUGUUCCCAUGCAAAUUAUCACUGACAAUGGGAAGAAGUUUGACUCUGAUCCAUUCAAGGACUUUUGCGAACAAUGGGGAGUUGAGGCUAGCAGGGCUUCUAUUGCUUACCCCAAUGCAAUGGACAAGUGGAAAAUGUCAACAGAACUAUUGUCAACGGCCUCAAAAGAAAGUUGGAGUCAAUGGGAACAACUUGGGUGAAUGAACUCAACUACAUACUUUGGGCGUACCAUACUACCCCAAGGAAGGCUACUGGUGAAACUCCUUUCGCCUUAACUUAUGGAUUCGAAGCUCGAGCACCAUUAGAAACACUGGUCCCAAGCAAAAGGGUGGAGGAUUAUGACCCUAAGGGCCUGUUUGGAUGGAGUGUUUGGAAGUGUUAGUAAUGGAAGUGUUAGUAAGUGUUAGUAAGAGUUCCAAAGGGAAGGGAAGUGUAAGUGUUAGACAUAAUUUUACCUUGUUUGGGAGAGUCAAAUGAAUGAAGUGUUAAUAAUGGAAGUGUUAAUAAUUUUACCUUGAGGCAAAAGAAACGAGUAAAGAGAAGAGAUGAAAAAACAAACCAUCAGACCCGUGGGAAAGACAUUCGAAGUGAAAUGUCGAAGCAUUUUAUGUUUUUCGGGGUAAAUGAGAAGGGUACGUAAUAAUUGUUCAACACCUCAAAACACUCCAAAUCGGGGUGUUAAAAAAAUGGACAAUUGAGGUGUUUGGAAGGUUAUUAUUAACACUUCCUAACCAUUACUAACACUUCUUGACACCUCUGGAUUUUUCUCCCAAACAAGUGUUAGCAUCAACACUUACUAACACUUCCAUUACUAACACUCCUCAACACUCAAUCCAAACAGGCCGUAAGAAUAACAGGGACAUGCUUAGAGCAGUUAACUUGCAAAAAUCAUUUGACGACCUUCCCGGUUGAAUAUUUUGUUGAAUUUGGUAUGGAUGAACUAGACUUGAUGAGAAACAUACACAAAAAAUUUGACACACAACAAAAACUAAUUAAUAUCUAACGCAUAAGGAUUUCACACAACUUAAACUAAUAUAUAACACACAAGAAUCAAUAUCUGAUGCACAAUACGAAUACAAACCCAAGAACCAGUAAAUAACAUAUAAUACAUAUAUACAUAAUCACAAUAAGUAUUUAUCGCACAAGAAUCUGUAUUUUACAAACAACAACCCAAAAUUUAGAACACAUGAACUGACCAUCUUACUAUUAGCUAGGAUAUAACACACUACAAUUACUAUUUGAUGCAAAAUAAAUGAAUAGAAAAAAAAAUUACAAUUUAAUGGAGAAGAACGUGACCAAAAGACAAAUUGAAUAAAAAGGAAUGAUAUUUCCAAAAAACAUGCAAAAAGUUUUAUAAAAGGAAAAGUUAAUUCCGUGAGUAUGUUAUUUGCUUUUAGAAAAUGUGAAAACUUCUUCAACGAUGUUUCAUAUUAUAUGGAAUUUAAUGUUUCAAUAAUUGAAAAGUCAAUUAUGGAUAAAUGCAUUAACUGCCUUUAGUCGGUUACCAAAACUGCUUAGGAAUAAAAUACGUAAAUAACCUUCACAUAAUUUAAGUUGAGCGCAGAUCAAAUCCUCUAAAUCGAUGGUUGUGAUUGUUCUCACUUCUCACGUUAAGGCUUGUUCUCAUUUGAACCUAAC